UGUGAGUGUGCCGUAUAUUGAGCUUAUCUCAUAAAUAUUUUCCUGAUUGUUUUCUUGAAUAUGCGGGUCAUAUCUUUAAAGCGGUAAUAUCAAUAAACAAAUAGAAUCCAUUAAAAUUUGCAAUGAUAAGAUGAUUCCGUUAAAGGACAAUCAGGAUGUUGCUUCAUUCCUUGUCACCAAGCAUUCGUGGAAGGGCAAGUAUAAGCGUGUGUUCUCAGUGGGCACUCGUGGUAUCACCACUUAUAACCCAGACAGAUUGGAGGUGACCAACAAAUGGCUGUAUGCAGAUGUUGUGAAACUUUCUUUACCCAAAAACUCAAACUCUGUAUCAAACCAUGAUUUCAUACUCACAAUGAAGAAAGAUAAGAAAAUUGAUACUAUGAAGUUUUCAUCUGAACAUAAAUGUUUAAUAUUAACCGAGGCUUUUAAAUAUAGACAUUUAUUUGCUGAAAAGUCAAAGGAAAUUUAUAGAUAUCAGGCAUAUAAACACCAUUGGAGUGGUACUCGUUUACCAGUUGUGCUUGAAGUAGGACCUUGUUCUCUGGAGCAGUUGGAUCCAUCCACACAUACCCUCCUAGCCAGCUAUCCAUACUGUGAUAUACAAGGCAUAUUACCAGUCAGAGAUAUACCUGGGGGUUUUGUCUUAGCUGUUGGUGGUUAUAGCCGCCUACAUCUAUUUUCAAAUUCAAUGGAACACCAAGUUAUUAUAGGAAAAAUGUUGGAAAUGGCAAAUUUGAUUCUCAAUACAACAAUAAAAGUAUUAACAGCAACCAUCACCUUGGAUGAUUACCAUAACCAAAGAUUUGGGAAAUACAGUGGAGAUCAACAUCAGACAUCACUGAGUGAAUUCACGGUGCACAAGGUGAAUCCAGCAAGGCACAUGGAGCCCAUGAGACGUACCCUUUGCCUCUCGGAUACCUGCAUACUUGAACGAGAUCCUCAGACAUAUUCGGUGGUAUGUUUGCGUCCACUGAGCGAUGUUUUCGCUUUAGUCCGAGAUCCGGAACAUCCUCAGAAGUUUUCUAUUGAAUAUUUAAAUGGACAGGUUCGAACCUAUUUGGCCGGAGAAAGGGACGCAUUGCUGGCUUCUUUGGUGGACGGCGUGAGGUCGACGGGUCAGCGCGAUGUGCACGUGCGAUCUUCCCACACGCCACGUGGCUACAGACUGGGUCCGCUGCAUCAAGCUGUAGAUGAGGAGACAGAGUCCAAUCACCUCAGAUUGUUCCAGAAUCCAGGUGACAUGUUACCAGCAGAAGUAAUAGAAAGAUUUAACGCCAAUGUCGGUUAUAGUGGCCUUAUAUACUCCGUUAGUCAAGACAGAUUGUUCGCGGAGAACAAGGAGAAGUUGAUAACUGGUGCGCUGACGGCGCUGGUGAGCUGCGCGCCAUCUGGUAGCCAUCUGACGCCGCGGGAGCUGGAGGCGCAGUUCCACGCGCUCAGACGACUUUGUGCCAGCAAAGUUGGAUUUGCAGCUUUCACAGCGUUACCAGGUUUCCGGGAGUGGAUCGGUAGUGCGGUAGUGAGCGCGCUGCGGCGUGACUCAGCGGCGUGCUCGCACGCGGCCCUGGACGCGGUGUGCGCGCUGAUGCAGCCGAUGCACGCGGAGCCCGACCUGCGCCAGGAGCAGCUCAACAAGGCCAGCAUGCUCUCCUCGCCCGCCUUCCUAGACGGCCUGCUCACCAUGUGGGCGGAGCAUGUGAAUGCGGGCAGCGGGGCGCUGGUGGUGGCGGCCAUGUUGGACUUCCUGACGUUUGCGCUGUGCGUGCCAUACAGCGAGACCACCGACGGCAAACAGUUCGACCAACUGCUUGAGAUGGUCGCCAACAAGGGACGUGUCGUAUUCAAAUUGUUCGAGCAUCCAUCGCUGGCGAUAGUGAAAGGGGCGGGGCUAGUGACGCGUGCGCUGGUGGAGGAGGGGGGCGGGGGAGUGGGCGCGCGCAUGCAGUCGCUGGCGCUGGCGGAGGCGGCGCUCCCGCGUCACCUGCUCGCCGCGCUCUACCAGCCCGCGGGUCAGCCGGCGCGACUGCAUCUGCGACAUCUCGCUAGACAUCUCGUCGCACUCUGGCUCGUCAAUCAUGCCCCCGCCCACGACCUGCUGCAGCGGAUCAUGCCGUCUGGUCUGCUAUCGUUCCUGGAGUCAAAGGAGGCACCGCCGGCGGGCGCGCUGGGGGAGCAGGUGCCGGAGCGCGACAACCUGCAGCUAGCGCAGGCGAGCGUCAAGCCUCGCGCGCCGCACUGGGAGGCCCUCGAGCGCCAAGUCAAAUACGUCGAGAAACAUAUUGAACACUAUGCUUCGCUGGCGAUGCAGCACUGGGCGCAGCGCGCGCGCAGUCUGGGCGUGCCGGGGGCGGCGGCGGGCGCAGCAGGUGCGGGGGGCGCGGCGGGGGAGCGGCGCGAGCGGCCCGUGCUGCUGCGCCGCAGACGAGAGUGCAUCAAGUCUACAUACAACUGGCCUCUCUUCUACUACCAGUUCCAUCGGGAUCACGCUUUACCGAAUCUUAUAUGGAAUCACACCACUCGCGAAGAGUUGCGUAAUGCGUUGGAGAAUGAGUUGCGCGCGUUCACAUCUGACCGCGAGGUGGCGGGCGGAGCGCUGACGUCAUGGAACCACGCCGAGCUGGAGGUGCAUUACCAGUGCCUGCAGAAUGAAGUCAAGAUCGGAGACUACUACCUGAGGAUACUGCUCGAGCAGCGCGAUAACGACGACAGCCCCAUACGCAAGUCAUACGAGUUUUUCAACGAUCUCUACCAUCGGUUUUUAUCUACUCCUAAAGUGGAAAUGAAAUGCAUGUGUCUUCAGGCCAUGACUAUUGUUUAUGGCAGAUAUUACGAAGACAUCGGCCCCUUCGCAGAUACCAAAUAUAUCGUUCAAAUGUUAGAUAGAACAUGUGAUAGAAUGGAGAGAGAUAGACUAGUACAGUUCCUAGCUAAAUUAAUAUUACAUAAGAAAAAUGUUAGCGAGAUAUUAGAAUGGAAUGGCAUCAGGAUACUAGUGGAACUAAUGACGUUGGCUCACUUGCACACGUCGCGAGCUACCGUGCCCGCUCAGAGCAAUGUGCUGGAGGCAGGCGCGCAGCAGGCGGGCGCCGGCGAGAGGGAGUGGUACUACAACCUCGAGAUGCCCGACAAGGUGCACCGCAAGGGACCCGUCAGCCUGCAACAGUUGAAGGAUCUGUAUAAAUCCGGGGAGAUAAACAAUAAGACAAAGUGCUGGGCGAACAGUAUGGAAGGUUGGCGCGCGGUGGGCAGUGUGCCGCAGCUCAAGUGGACGCUGGUGGCCCGCGGCGCGCCCGUCAUGGACGAGAGUGCGCUCGCUGCUACCAUACUGGAUCUGCUUAUUGUCUGUACGCGAUAUUAUCCCAGCAGGGACGAAGAAGACGCUGUAAUAAGACCGUUGCCGCGAGUGAAACGGAUUUUAUCAGAGCCAUCUUGUUUGGCUCACGUGGUUCAGCUGUUGUUGACAUUUGAUCCUAUACUUGUUGAAAAGGUGGCAACACUAUUAUAUGAAGUGAUGCAAGACAAUCCAGAAGUAUCUAAAUUGUACCUAACCGGUGUGUUUUACUUCAUGCUGUUGUACACCGGCUCUAAUCUAUUGCCUAUUGCGAGAUUCUUACGACUUACGCAUAUGAAGCAAGCGUUCAGAGCUGACCAAACCAGUUCGGAUAUAAUGCAGCGGUCCAUACUGGGUCAGCUGUUGCCGGAAGCGAUGGUUUGCUACUUGGAGAAUCAUGGCGCCGAGAAGUUCGCCCAGACUUUCCUCGGCGAAUGGGACACGCCGGAGGCAAUAUGGAAUUCCGAGAUGAGACGUAUGUUAAUAAUGAAAGUGUCAGCGCACAUCGGAGAGUUUACUCCGCGUCUGCGCGCGCACGUGGCCGCGAGGUACCCCUACCUCGCCAUCCCCGCGGUGUGCUACCCGCAGCUGCAGCACGAGUUGUUCUGCAACAUGUUCUAUCUGCGACAUCUCUGUGACACACAACGAUUCCCAGACUGGCCUAUACCUGACCCGGUGAGUUUACUAAAAGAUGUACUGGAGGCGUGGCGUCGGGAAGUGGAGAAGAAGGCACCGUCGAUGACUGUCAGUGAGGCGUACGCAGCGCUGGGUCUGGCGGCGGGCGCGCACGAUGAGGCGGCUGUGCGUAAGGCGUACUAUCGUCUCGCCCAUCAGUACCAUCCCGAUAAGAACCCAGAAGGACGAGAUCGUUUUGAAGCAGUCAACCAGGCUUACGAGUUUCUAUGCAGUAGAAAUGUAUGGACCGGAGAUGGCCCUAAUACGAACAAUAUUGUACUCAUACUUCGGACACAGACUAUACUGUUUGAGAGAUAUUCAGAAGUGUUAGCACCGUACAAGUAUGCGGGCUACCCGCAGCUGCUGCGUACUGCGCGGCUGGAGGUGGAGGCGGAGCAGCUGUUCUCGGAACGUGAUGCUGCGCUGCUGCCCGCCGCCUGCCAGCUCGCGCACGCCACGGUGCGCUGUUCCGCACUCAACGCGGAGGAGUUGCGUCGCGAGGGUGGGCUGCAGGUACUACAAGCCGCAUUGUCCCGAUGCUCGGCGAUCCUGGGCGGGGACUCGCGCGGUGCGGCGGCUGCGGUGUGUGCGCACGCGGCGCGCUGCCUGGCGGUCGCCGCCGCAUUCCCCGCCUGCCGCCGCGUCUGCGCUGACAUGCCCUCGCUAGCUGCAGACCUCGUGCCGCUACUUCGGCGACCGCAACUAAGCGAGGCUGCGUGCGCGGGCGCAGAGGCGGUGGCAGCGCUGAGCGCGGAGGCGACGUGCCGCGCACAACUCGCCCGCGCGGGGGCGCUGCACGCACUGCUGCCGCUCGCGCUGCACUACGACUACACUCUCGCCGAGUCCGGUGUCGAUACUGAAGGAGAGAAUAAACAGGUGGAGGCGAACCAGCUGGCGGUGCAGUGCGCGGCGGCGCUGAGCGCGCUGUACGGACCGCACGAGGACGCCGCGCCCGAGGACGUGCGUGUGCGCGACGCCCUGCACAAGCUGCUCACGCCAUACCUCUGUGCUCGCCUUGCACAGCCUGACAGGCACGAGUUAUUAAAAACGUUGACAUCAAACUGGCGCACGCCGUACCUCGUAUGGGACAACAGCACGCGUGCUGAACUACGCGAGUCGUUGCGCGGAUGGCGCGCACUUGAUGAUGACGCCCCCCUCCUUGACCCCGCCUUCACGUAUUCCGCGCACGAGGGCUUGCUCCCCGUCGGCGGAGUCUACCUAGAUAUAUACAAUGAACUACCUGACUAUCCUAUUGAGAAUCCUCAACAAUUUGUUAUAGAUUUGUUGAAGUUUAUUAAAGAGGAAACUCAAAACGAUAUGACAGAUGAAAGAGUUGGACAUAUAACACUGGCGCUCAACGCUUUGGCUAAUGUUCUCAUCAAGAAUCCUGGUGUUGAAAUCCAAUGUAUCGGUUCAUUUGGCCUUAUAUUCGGACUGAUAUCUGGUCGGGCAUGGAGCAAGCUGCGCGAGGCGGCACUAGGCGCGGCUCUCGCGGCUAGUGGAGUGCGCGAGUGUGUAGAGGAUGUUGCAGCGUGCGGUGUGCUGGGUCAUCUGCUGCCGUUGCUGGCUGAUAAAGUGCCACCGGCUAACGCAUUACCUACAUUAGCUGCGUUGUUAGCUAGUACUGCGAUUGUUAGGGAGGCAUUGGCCAAAGGUGCGGUAAUCUAUCUGUUAGAUCUGUUUUGCAAUAGCAAAGUACCAGAAAUGCGAGAGUCUGCAGCAGAGCUGCUGUCUCGUAUGAUGGCAGACAAAUUACAUGGACCAAAGGUACGGUUGACAAUAUGUCGCUACAUGCCGGGCGUGUUUGCGGACGCGAUGCGGGAAUCCUGUGCUAGUGCGCUGCAGGCAUUCGACGGCAGUCACGAGCAUCCCGAGCUUGUUUGGUCUGAUGAUGCUCGACGUAACGUUCAGGCUCAUAUUGCCCAUCUGCGAGACAGACAUUUAGCUAACCAGUUACGGGAUCCAAACGUAUUAUUCGAGGACCGGGAGACAUUAGAACGUGUGGCUAAUGGCGAGGAGGUGUGGGCGCCGGCGGGCGAGGUGGUGGUGGGCGGCGUGUACCUCAAGCUGUACUUACAGAACCCGCACUGGAGUCUUCGCAGCCCGAAGAAGUUCCUGCAGGAAUUGCUCACUGAGACGUUGACUGCACUAAAUAAGGACGCCUCCGACGGUAGCAGGGGAGAGACAUGCGCACGUGCGUUGGCGGCGUUGCUGCGGGCUAAGCCGGCGCUGGGCGAGGUUUGCGCGCAGCUGGGCGAGCUGCCCCGCCUCGCGCGUCUGCUGCCCGCCUGCCCUAAGCACGCCGUGCCUGUGCUCGCCGCGCUAGCUGACACUCAGUCGUGUGUGGCGGCGCUGACGCAGACUGAGGUGAUGUCGGGCCUCAAGACUGCGGUGAAGACUUGCCGCGAGGUGGUCGGCUCCGCGUGUGAGGCACUCGCAGCUAUAUUCAACAACACCAACCCUAAUACUGACAAACUAGUGUUACAGGCUUUGGAGUGCGAGCUGAUAACAGAGCUGCUGUUGGCACUGGAGUCGCGGCUGGAGGGUCAGGCUGCGGCGCAGCUGGUGGGCGCGCUGAAGGGCAUGGCGCGCUCAGCUGCGCACGGAGACCGCGUGCGCGCCAUGCUCGCCCGCAGCCGCGUCUGGGAGCAGUACGCCGCGCAGAGACAUGACCUCUUCAUAUCAUCAGUGCCACAGACACAUGCUAUAUCUGCGCCGCACGCUGCAGGCUACUUGACCGCGCCACCAGCCAGCAUUCCUGCGCAGCCGCCGCCCAUUGACUGACCACACGAUAUGUACCAACACAUCGCUCACAAGGACCUCAUUAUAAAGGAUUAUUGUCUUCUCUGAUACUAUGUUACACAUUCCUUAAGGCAAUACUACAGACGUAUAUUUAGUUUUUCAUCAUCAUCAUCAUCAUGUAAACGAUCCCAGUGAUGAAAUUCUUAUAAAUCGAUUAAAAUUAUCAAAAUUUUUUUUUUAUGAUAAAUGAAGUAUCGAAAGCGACAUCUGUGAUUUUUCAGAUAAAGAUAAUUUUCAUUCAGUUGAUACAUGAUUCUGUUCACUUAUGCAAUUUUUAAGUACUAUUAGUACUUAUCUAUUAAGUUAAGUAGUUUUUAUGUUAUUUUUAAGCUUUGCUUCAACCAUAGCAUUA